AUGCGGCCCCUGGACAGCGCCGGGGCCGCCGAGCCGCAGGAACCAGAGCUGCCGCUGACGGACGGUGAGCCCUCGGGCGCACCGGAGGAGCCGGCGGCAGCCGAGGCAGGGGGGACUGCUGCCCCCACUAGGUGCUGGCUGUGCCGCUCCUCGCCGUGCGGUUCGUGCGCGCAGCAGGAAGCCAAGAAGAAAACACCCUGUCCUGGACUUGGCUUGUUUUACACAUUAUUGUCUGCCUUCCUUUUCUCAGUGGGCUCUUUAUUUGUUAAAAAAGUGCAAGAUGUCCAUGCUGUAGAAAUUAGCGGAUUUCGAUGUGUGUUCCAAAUGCUAGUCAUUAUCCCUUGCUUAAUAUACAGAAAAACUGGGUUUAUAGGCCCCAAAGGUCAGCGACUCCUCCUACUCGUCCGAGGCGUCCUGGGGUCUACGGCCAUGAUCCUCCUCUACUAUGCGUUGCAGUCUACGUCGCUUGCAGACACCACGGUCAUCACGUUCAGCAGUCCAGUGUUUACAUCUAUAUUUGCUUGGAUAUUUCUUAAGGAAAAAUACAGCCUGUGGGAUGCUCUCUUCACCACAUUCGCAAUCACAGGAGUGAUCCUCAUCGUAAGACCGCCAUUUUUGUUUGGUUCUAAUACUACUGGGAUGGAAGAAAACUAUUCCGUUCACCUGAAGGGCACGUUCGCAGCCAUUGGACAUGCAGUGUUCGGUGCCUCGACUCUCAUUAUACUAAGAAAAAUGGGGAAAUCUGUGGACUAUUUUUUGAGCAUUUGGUAUUACGUAAUACUUGGCCUCAUCGAGUGUGUCAUUGUCCUCUUUAUAUUAGGAGAAUGGAGUCUGCCGUACUGUGGGUUGGACAGACUAUUUCUCAUUUUGAUUGGGCUGUUUGGUUUGGGGGGUCAGGUGUUUCUCACCAAAGCCAUUCAAAUAGAAAAAGCCGGACCAGUAGCGAUAAUGAAGACGAUGGACGUGGUCUUUGCUUUCAUCUUUCAGAUUAUUUUCUUUAAUGAUGUGCCCACGUGGUGGACAGUGGGGGGCGCUCUCUGCGUACUAGCUAGUAGUACUGGAGCAGCCAUUCGAAAAUGGUGCCAGAGUUCCAAGUGAGGCAUCCUCGCCAAAAUGCUGUCUUCAAAUACACCGUCACCCAGUUCAGAAACCAUCACAGACACACACACCUAGAAAGGAUGAGUUUACUCCACUGAUGAUACAGAAUGAGGUUCGUAAAUUGAGUACCCAUUUUGAAUAUGCUAUGUCUUCAGUUAAUAGAAAUAGCCAGUUGAGUCCAACAAUUUUUUUUUUCUUAAUCAGCUAUUUUUUUGUCCAGGUUUUGGGUUUUUGUUGUUAUGGGACUGGCAAGAGGACAACUCAUUAGUUGAAAAAAAAUUAGGACUAUUCUAUGUGACUUUUAAAGUGUUUUUUGGUACUGAUGGAGUAAAGGUGAGAAAGAAAUUCCAGAUAUUGUUUUAGUUAGUGCAGAUGCUAGGGAACUUACUGGUAAUAAAGCUGCUAUAAUUAGUAUGUUGAUAAUUCAUUUGAAAUGUAAUUCCAUUUAGGAGGCCAAAGCUAAAACUUAGUAUAAUAGGUGCCUACUUAAUGGUGUUAAUAAUACAAAUGAGGUGGCCUUAUUAUCAAGGCUUUUAUAAAUGAUUAUCAUUCUUUUAACUCAUUUGUGCCUUUUCAUUUUAAUGCUGGAAUUUUUAUAUGUAAACUUCAAAGAAAAUUUCAAAGCACCAAAUUUGGCUAAUAGUUUUCUGUUUAGGUGGCAUUUUAUUAGCAACUAUAGCUUUCAUUCUAUAA